AUGCAGAUUUUAAAUGCACGUUACGCUUUGAGAGCGAGCGCUUCGCAGUUUCAAGCUUGGAGUCAUACGAAGACGCGAUCGGCGACUACGAGUCAGAAAAAAGUGCAAUAUAAACCGAUUAGAAGCGUCCUCGUUGCCAACAGAGGCGAGAUCGCUAUCAGAGUAUUCCGAGCAUGUACCGAGUUGGGGAUCAAGUCCGUCGCUAUUUACAGCGAACAGGACAAACUGCAGAUGCACAGACAAAAAGCAGACGAGUCCUAUCUGGUCGGCAAAGGUCUUCCACCCGUGGCAGCAUACCUUAACAUUCCAGAUAUCAUUAGGAUAGCAAAAGAGAAUGAUGUCGAUGCCGUACAUCCUGGAUACGGUCUUCUGUCUGAGAGAUCUGACUUCGCUCAGGCUGUCACCGAUGCAGGACUUCGAUUCAUUGGACCUACGCCAUCUGUUGUACAACAGAUGGGAGACAAGGUCGCCGCUAGAAAAGCUGCCAUUGAAGCUCGUGUACCUAUUGUCCCGGGUACGGACGGCCCAAUCAGCACGACAGAACAAGCAUUGGCAUUCUGCAAGACUCAUGGCCUUCCAGUUAUAUUUAAGGCGGCGUACGGUGGAGGAGGUCGCGGUAUGCGCGUGGUGCGCGAGAUGAGCGAGGUGGUCUCGUCCUUCGAGCGCGCCUCCUCCGAGGCGCUGGGGGCCUUCGGGAACGGCUCCAUGUUCAUCGAACGGUUCAUCGAGAGGCCCAGACAUAUCGAAGUGCAGUUGUUGGGUGACAAGGCCGGCAACGUUGUCCACUUAUACGAACGUGACUGCUCAGUACAGAGGCGGCAUCAAAAAGUUGUGGAAAUCGCACCAGCACCGCAUUUGAAUCCUGAGACGAGACAAAAGAUGGUGGAAUGUGCAGUACAUUUGGCGAAACACGUGGGCUACGAAAACGCUGGUACCGUGGAGUUCCUGCUCGACGAUAAAGGAAACUUCUACUUCAUUGAAGUUAAUGCUAGACUGCAAGUAGAACACACAAUCACAGAAGAAAUUACAGGCAUCGACUUGGUACAGUCUCAGAUAAAAGUGGCAGAAGGUAUGACGUUACCAGAGCUGGGACUCACACAGGAGAAUAUCAAUGUUCAAGGGUACGCGAUACAGUGCCGGGUGACUACCGAAGACCCCGCGAAUAACUUCCAACCUAGUACUGGCAGGAUUGAAGUCUUUAGGUCUGGCGAAGGUAUGGGCAUCCGUCUCGACUCCGCUUCGACGUUCGCUGGUGCUGUUAUUUCGCCAUACUACGACUCUCUGCUUGUUAAGGUAAUCUCUCACGCCCACAAUCUGCCAUCAUCUGCCGCUAAAAUGAACCGCGCCCUUCGAGAGUUCCGUAUUCGUGGUGUGAAGACCAACAUUCCCUUCUUACUCAAUGUGUUGGAGAACCAAAAGUUCUUAAAUGGUUCCGUUGACACAUACUUCAUCGACGAGCAUCCAGAACUUUUCAUGUUCAAGGCUUCGCAGAACCGAGCACAAAAGCUCCUCAACUACCUUGGACAGGUGUUAGUGAAUGGUCCAGCCACACCUUUGGGUACUAGUAUACCACCUUCGGAUGUUAAACCUUACAUCCCUAGUGUUCCACUGGACCUUUCCCCAGAGGCUAUUAAAAGACAAGAACUAACAGGGGAAAAUACAGCCGUACAGCCACCGAAAGGAUACAAGCAGAUUCUCACAGAGGGCGGUCCCGAAGCAUUCGCUAAAGCCGUAAGACAGCACAAAGGCUUACAACUCAUGGACACCACAUUCCGAGAUGCCCAUCAGUCUCUUCUAGCGACCAGAGUUAGAACAUACGACUUGCUGGGCGUGAGUCCGUAUGUCGCACACAACUUUAGCAAUCUAUAUGCGUUGGAGAACUGGGGCGGAGCUACGUUUGAUGUUGCAUUGAGGUUCCUUCACGAGUGUCCGUGGGAGCGUCUUCGCGACAUGCGCGCCUUGAUCCCGAACAUUCCGUUCCAAAUGUUGUUGCGAGGCGCCAACGCCGUCGGAUACACCAAUUAUCCUGACAAUGCUGUGUUCAAGUUCUGUGAUAUGGCUGUAAAAGCGGGAAUGGAUAUCUUCCGAGUCUUUGAUUCCCUGAAUUACCUUCCCAAUCUAAUUCUGGGUAUGGAAGCUGCGGGCAAAGCUGGAGGUGUAGUUGAAGCAGCUAUUUCCUACACAGGAGACGUAUCUGAUCCCAAUAGGAAGAAAUAUGAUCUCAAAUACUACACCAACUUGGCUGACGAGCUGGUGAAAGCUGGGACACAUGUUUUGUGUAUUAAGGAUAUGGCUGGAUUGUUAAAACCUCAAGCUGCUAAGCUUUUAAUUACUGCAAUUCGUAACAAACACCCUGACGUACCAAUCCAUGUACACACCCACGACACUUCUGGUGCUGGAGUGGCCUCCAUGUUGGCCUGCGCCGAGGCCGGAGCUGAUGUUGUGGACGUGGCUGUCGACUCUAUGUCGGGACUUACCUCGCAACCCAGUAUGGGCGCUUUAGUAGCCUCGCUACAAGGAACUAAAUUUGACACUAAAAUCUCUCUACAAAAUAUAUCCGAGUACUCAGCGUACUGGGAGCAAGCGCGAACUCUGUACGGACCCUUCGAAGCCACAGCCACGAUGAAGUCUGGCAACGCUGAUGUGUACAUCAACGAGAUCCCUGGAGGACAGUACACCAAUCUGCAGUUCCAAGCGUUCUCACUCGGACUUGGAAGCCAGUUCGAAGAAGUCAAGAAAGCUUACAGGGAAGCUAACCUUAUCUUAGGCGACAUAAUCAAGGUGACUCCAUCAUCCAAGGUAGUGGGAGACCUGGCUCAAUUCAUGGUACAGAACAAGUUGUCAGCGAAAGAUAUCGAAGCUCGUGCUGAAGAUCUGUCCUUCCCCAAAUCGGUGGUGGAGUACCUGCAGGGCGCCAUUGGUAUUCCUCACGGAGGAUUCCCAGAACCGCUGAGGUCUAAGGUGCUGAAGGACAUGCCAAGGAUCGAGGAUAGGGCUGGCAAAAGUCUGCCUCCGUUGGACUUUGAGAAGAUGAAAAAGGAUUUAUCUGAAACGUAUCCUGAGGUGACAGACGAAGACGUGAUGUCGGCAGCGAUGUACCCUCAGGUAGCGAACGACUUCUUCCGUAUUCGCCACAAGUACGGACCUGUCAAACACUUCGACACUAAGACAUUCUUAGUUGGACCUACUAUCGGUGGCACGAUCGAUGUCAACAUCGCGCGCGGGAAGACAUUGCACAUCAAGACAGUAGCUGUCUCCGAGGAGAUGACAGCGGCAGGAGAACGGGAGGUGUUCUUCGAACUCAACGGACAGCUGCGAUCUGUCUUCAUUAGAGAUGUGAAUGCUAGCAAGGAAAUGAAAAUUCACCCUAAGGCUAUAAAAGGCGAUAAGAAUCAGGUUGGAGCACCCAUGCCUGGAACUGUACUCACAAUCAAAGUUAAAGAAGGCGACAAAGUAGACAAAGGACAACCAAUCGCCGUGCUCUCAGCCAUGAAAAUGGAGAUGAUAGUGCAAGCGCCGAGGGCAGGAAUCGUCGACACUAUCGCCAUCACGAAUGGCCAGAAACUUGAAGGGGACGAUCUAAUCUGCACCCUCAAAUAA